AUGGGCAGCGACCCGAGCGCAUCUGAACCGCCGGGCUGGGCUGCCAGCUGCCUGGGCGGCCGGGCUCGGCUUCUCCCGCUGCUGCUGGUGCUUCUGGACUGCCUGGGCCGCGGCUUAGCGGCCGAAGACGCCGAAGUGCACGCAGAGAACUGGCUGCGCCUCUAUGGAUACCUCCCCCAACCUAGUCGCCACAUGUCCACCAUGCGCUCUGCCCAGAUCCUGGCCUCGGCCCUAUCUGAGAUGCAGCGCUUCUAUGGGAUCCCAGUCACGGGUGUGCUCGAUGAAGAGACCAAGGCGUGGAUGAAGCGGCCUCGCUGUGGAGUACCAGAUCAGUUUGGGGUGCGAGUGAAAGCCAACCUGCGGAGACGGAAGCGCUACGCCCUGACAGGGAGGAAGUGGAACAACCACCACUUGACCUUCAGUAUCCAGAACUACACAGAGAAGCUGGGCUGGUACAACUCAAUGGAGGUGGUGCGCAGAGCCUUCCGUGUGUGGGAGCAGGUCACGCCCCUGGUCUUCCAGGAGAUUCCCUAUGAUGACAUACGGCUGCGUCGGCAAAAGGAGGCUGACAUCAUGGUACUCUUUGCCUCUGGCUUCCAUGGCGACAGCUCGCCGUUUGAUGGCACCGGUGGCUUUCUGGCCCAUGCUUAUUUCCCCGGCCCUGGUCUGGGUGGGGACACUCAUUUCGACGCAGAUGAGCCCUGGACCUUCUCCAGCACUGACCUGCAUGGAAUCAACCUCUUCCUGGUGGCAGUGCAUGAACUAGGCCAUGCGCUGGGGCUGGAGCACUCAAGCAACCCCAGUGCCAUCAUGGCUCCAUUCUACCAGUGGAUGGACACUGACAACUUCCAGCUGCCCGAGGAUGACCUCCAGGGCAUUCAGCUGCUGUAUGGCACCCCAGAUGGUUAUCCGCAGCCCACCCGGCCUCUUCCCACUGUGACACCCCGGAGGCCAGGCCGGCCAGACCACCGGCCCCCUCGGCCUCCUCAGCCACCACACCCAGGUGGGAAGCCAGAGAGACCCCCGAAGCCAGGGCCCCCACCCCAACCCCGAGCCACAGAGAGACCUGACCAGUAUGGCCCCAACAUCUGUGAUGGCAACUUCGACACGGUGGCAGUGCUUCGUGGAGAGAUGUUUGUGUUCAAGGGCCGCUGGUUCUGGCGAGUCCGGCACAACCGUGUCCUGGACAACUAUCCCAUGCCAAUUGGCCACUUCUGGCGUGGUCUGCCAGGGGACAUCAGUGCUGCCUAUGAGCGCCAGGAUGGGCGUUUUGUCUUUUUCAAAGGUGACCGCCACUGGCUCUUCCGAGAAGCCAACCUAGAGCCUGGCUACCCACGGCCACUGAGCAGCUAUGGCACAGACAUCCCAUAUGACCGCAUUGAUACAGCCAUCUGGUGGGAGCCCACGGGUCACACCUUCUUCUUCCAAGCAGACAGGUACUGGCGCUUCAAUGAGGAGACACAGCAUGGAGACCCUGGCUACCCCAAGCCCAUCAGUGUCUGGCAGGGGAUCCCCACCUCCCCUAAAGGGGCCUUCCUGAGCAAUGAUGCAGCCUACACCUACUUCUACAAGGGCACCAAAUACUGGAAAUUCAACAACGAGCGCCUGCGGAUGGAACCUGGCUACCCAAAGUCCAUCCUACGGGACUUCAUGGGAUGCCAGGAACAUGUGGAGCCCGGACCACGAUGGCCCGAUGUGGCCCGUCCACCCUUCAACCCCAAUGGAGAUACAGAGCCUGAGGUGGACGGCGACAGCAGGGAAGGCGAUGUGGGUGGUGGGGCAGACGAGGAUGGCGACAAGGACGGGGGCAACCGAGUGGUAGUGCAGAUGGAGGAGGUGGUGCGGACAGUGAAUGUGGUGGUGGUACUGGUACCCCUGCUGCUUCUCCUCUGCAUCCUGGGCCUGGCCUUCGCCUUGGUGCAUAUGCAGCGCAAGGGUGCACCCCGCAUGCUGCUCUACUGCAAGCGCUCGCUGCAGGAGUGGGUGUGACCACUGACCCUUUGCAGCACCUGGUGCUCCGGGCAUGGGGACACCUGAUUCCCAGAUGCUCCCUUAGCCCAGUGGAUCCCUCCUGGCCACCCGCAUCCCCAGUAAGCCCUGCCCUCCUCUAUUUAUGCCCAGGUAUCUCUUCUUUAGUACCCUCUCUCAGCAUUUGUUUCUGCUUUCCUGCCCAGGGCUGGGUGCUGGGUGCCUAGGGUUCUCAAAACAUACUGUUCCACACAGGGACUUGCCUUUGGCUCAGCCUCAGACAGAGGACUGAGGGACAGAGGCUCACCUGGAAAAGUGACAGGUCCAGGGAGCUUCUUCCAGCUCUGGCCCUCCCCAAGCCUGGGGCCUGGAGCCAUAAUCAUGGCUGUGUUUGCCUUGAAGGGGCCCAGCUAGGGCUCCAUCCUUCUGAAUCUGCCUUAGGAAGAGAGUAUGUCCUGGGGGCCACCCCGAGUUGCCUUGAGGCUUGGUUCCUUCCCAGGCCUCUUCUGAGAGCCCAGCAGCCUGAACUGUACUCCCUGCCCUAUUCUUGGCUAGCAAGCAGCUCCCACACUCCCCUGGGCCCACUGCUCCUUUCCUGCUGGGAAAGGCCCUGAACCUGCCUCACCAAGGACCAAAGGGAGCCUGUUGAGCCCCCCUCCCAACACUAGCACUGACCUGGUACCUGCCAGAUCUUCCUCUUCUCAGCUGUGACUGCCUCUCCUUCCCUGGGCCUCCCCACAUUCUCUCUCACCCCCACCCCAUGGGCCUUGGGGGCUCAACAGUCCCCAAGCCUCAAGCUUCUGCUGCCCUUGUCCCAGCCCCUUGGUGAGACAGGGUACCCAGGAUCGGGCAAUAAAGGUUCCCAGACACUACACGGUGGUAUGGAGGCCCACAGUGCUUCACACCAAGCUCGUGGACUUCCUCCCCUCCAGGUCCUUGUCUCCCCACAAGACACAACUAGGGACAGGCCAGCAGCUCACCUCACAGGCUAUGGAACACCCCCGCCACCAAGGAGCCCACUGUGGCAUGGGAGGUCUGUCAUAGGGGUGGUGGUGUGGCUCCCUUCCUCUUCUUACUAGCGUCUGCAAGAGGCUGCUGCGGGAAAUGGUACUGUAUAGCCGGCUGUGUCCCCUGUCUCCCCAAAGCCCUGAGCAGCGGAGAGCCACCUCCCAGGAUCCCCUGGAUCAUCACCUCUCCCCUCCAGUGGUAGAUUCUCAUUACUUGGCACUGAUGGGGAGGUAGUCCAGCAGCACCCCUUAGGCACCAACCUCUACAGAACCAGAGAGCCAGUGAGGGGUUGGGGGGGGUGAUGUCCAUCCCCAUCCAUUGAGUUCUGUAAAUAAUCUGCACUGAUUAAAUGUACAGCCGGCAAGUGUAGUUGUGUUUGAAAGUCUGAACUACCUUGAAGCUGGGCCUGUUUGGCUGGGGUGGAGUCCAAGCUGGGAUGCUGAAGAAACCUUGCUCCCAGUUCAGAGGGGCCUUUGGAAUGGAGCCCAGGAGGGCCAGG